AUCGUGAGGCGAGGGAGAUUGAGAUCGAUGCACUGUUCAAGCGAGUGGAUACCGAUGGUACGGGCCAUAUACUUAAACGCGACAUCAUCUCUGCGGUGGGCACUCUGACGCGCCGCAGUCUGGUCCAUAUGGGCGAAGAGUACACCGAGCAACUGCAAGUGUAUUUGGACCAGUACAAACAGAAAACCAGCGAUAUAAGCGGUAUGUUGGGUGUCUGA